CACUUUUGAAACCUCUCACAUCUGCCACACCACAUGCUAUCCCACCCUCCCUCGUGCAUCUGCUUCACAUCAAAGCAGCGUCAAGAUGGAAUCGCUGGUCGCGCAGUCCAGGUCGAGUUCCGAAGAAGCUUUUACCCACGCCUCUCUCUUAUCUCACCCUCUGCUCUCCAGCGCACCUAGCACCUCCUCCCUCUCAUCCGCGCUGCACUCCCUUCAGACGGACAUCCUUCCUCGCUGUGAAGCAUCGCUGAAUUUCAGUCGAUCAGCCUUGGUCCAAGAGCUGCUCGAAGCGCAACGUUGCGCACUCGAAGAGAAGCAAGAGCUGAGCGAUCUGCCUCGUCAAAUCGAGGAGGUUGAGGAUGAGGUCAUGACGCUCGCUUCGUCCAUGGGAUUGUUGGAUGAGAGGGGACAACAACGUGUGCCUGGACUGCUGGGACGGUUGACUGAACAGAGAAGAGAGCUGAUGCGAGCGGACAAGACUGUGCCCUUUGUGGCGCUAUUGGCGCGUGCGGAACAGCUCAAGCAGGACACUUUGAGAGGAGCAGAGGAUCAACACGGAAGCGCAAAAGCGGGAUUGCGAGCUCUUCAGAGCUUAUCCUCUCUGAUUGGGCAAGCCGGGCAGGCGUAUGCGGGAGCAGAUGCGAUCGAUCAAGGAUCUACGCUGAUGGCCUACCUGACGGCUACGAGGGACGCAGCACUGAGAGAACUCAACGAAAAGCUGGAAGCGAGGUUGAGAAGCGCACUUGAAGAAUCCGGCUGGCCGCCCGUCUCUGCAGAAAUCGCCGAAGCGCGAGGAGAAGCGAUUCGCAGCGCAUCUUCGACUUUGGAAAGCAAGCAGGUCAAGCAGGCUUGGCAGCGUCUUUGCAGAUUGCAGAGGGUGGCUAUCCGUGCCAAAUUGAUCGGCAAAGCUUCUUAUGACGCUCAGAGCGAUGCAAAGGUUGGAUCGACGGAUUAUACGCCGCUUGCGCCUGUCAAGGUACUUAUGGAACCUCUGCUAGCCCGCUUUGCGUAUCAUUUCGACGGAGACAAGAGCACCAAUCGGCUGGACAAACCUCAGUGGUACGUCAAUCACAUGUCCAACCUAUUGCGAUCCUACAACUCCCUCUUUGACGCGAGAAAUGGAAAGGUCACUUGGUUGUGCGAUCAGGGAGGCUUGCAGCAAGUGGGGCCCAGAGAAUUGGUGCAUUUCGUGCUGGCUGCGCUACGUCUCAAGGUACUGGCGUCCAAGGAGCAGCUGCAAAAGAAACCAGCAGUCUUAGCGCACACUGUCAGUAUCCUGCUCUCAUUCGACAGCGAGCUCCAACAGCUUUUUCAUCCAUCCUCGCUAGGCAAAGCGGAAAAGAUUUCGGAUUUAUUGCUGGGAGAUUCGACAACGUUUGAUGCUUGGUUGGAGGGCGAAAGGACGGAAGCUCAAGAACGACUGCAAGAAAUUUUGGAAGACAAGGAUGCGUGGUUGAUCAGCUCUGCGGAUAUGGAUACCGAGGCGGAGGAGGAUCUUUCCAAUCAGACCUGGUCUGCUAUUUCCAAUAGCAGCAGCAAUAAUCGCAGCAAUCACACGUCAGACCGAAGAGGCGUGCAAAAGACGACUAGAUCCGCUCGAGGGCUGUGUCAAAUCCUCGAAGCCAUAUCGGAAAGGUCCAGACCUUUGACGCUGCUCGUUCAGCGACUCGGUUUCCUGGCUAUUCAAGACGAUCUGUUGUCGACGUAUCAUCAACGCUUGACGCGUUCUCUAGAUGCAUUCGAGUCUUUAUCGGGCGCAUUCGCACGAGCCUUGCCCGGUGGGAUAGCGUCUCAAGAUUCUAGCAGCGAGAGCGACAUGGUUCGUGGACUGCGAGGAUCUUCUCGUCUGCUCAAAGCCUUCCUUUCCAGCUUGUACGUCGUGGAAACGUUGAGAAGAUUGUCGGAAGAAGGUCAUAAUAUGCAGCUGAAUGUGGAUCUGAAUAUGGAUACGGCGGAGGCCAAAAUGGCACGAGAGACCAGAAGAAGCUGGACGGGCAAAAGGGAAGAGGAGGAAUUGGAUGGUGCGUCUUUGGGAGAAUUGGUUAGGAGAGGGAUGAGAGGCGGAUCGAGUUUGAGACCGCUUGCUGCGGGUGUGGGUGCGCGUGCUUCUAAGAACGCUUCCGUCGAGCAAGUCACGAAUGCGGACGAAGAUGUCUGGCAAGAGGCCAGAAAGAGGUUUGAAAAGGUUGGCGACAGAGCUAGCAAAGGUCUUGUGCGCCUCGUCACGUCCGAAGUGACGGAAGCUAUGCGAGAGUACACGCUCCGACGUUGGAGCUCUACUUCUCCUCCACGCGAGCAUUUGCCGAUCGCACAGGGUAAAAAAGAAGCAAAAGCAGCCAUGGACCAAGACGAAGAUGAAGAUGAAGAAGAUUCACCCACACCUGGUCUCAUACCAAGCUUAUCGCUGCUCGAAACGCACCUCUCCCAUCUCGUUCCGGUGCUUCAACCAAGCGAAAGCAUUCCAAUCUAUCGUUUGGUUGCCCGCAAUGUCUCGCAGCACAUAGUGGAUCGAGUCAUCAUUUCAGGUGGAUCACACAGAUUUGAUCAAGCAGGAGCUUUGCGUUUCGAGCGUGACUAUACAAGCGGCUGGAUGUCCGUCCUAAAUUCCCUAUCCACACUGGCGCAAAAUCAAGUCAGCUCGGGACAGUUGACAGGCCUAGGAAGACAGCCCGAAGCAGCCUGGCGUCGUUUGCGCGAUACUAUUCUUCUUCUCAAUCUCUCCGCCGCCAACGUCGAUCAGACGUCCUCUUCGACCGCUUCCAGUACGCUUCUGUCUACCGAUGCGAGGGAAAAGUGGACAUUGUCUCGUGCUACUAGAGCUCUGUUCGAUGAGGACCCAGCAAACCAUACGAGAGUUUGGGUCGCGCUCAAACAAGACCUCGGAAUUGCGGAGAAUUAUGAUCUCAACACCGCCAGAGAGGUGCUCAGGCGCAGGGUGGAAUGUCCCAAGUGACAGAACGCACGCUCAUGCUUGCGCCAUGUAUAGUACUGUACACAAAGAUUUGCAAGUUUGAUCGAAGUCCAACGUG